CAGCCCCACUCAGGGGAUCGCUACAAACUCGUCGCCUUCUCGAAAAAUGCGGCGCCGCGAUUUCACAGCGAGGCAGUGACCGCACGGAAAGCUCCGCGCGUUGGGGGCCUCGGUAGCCCGACACCCGCUGGACACGUGAGGGGCGGGAGUGAAAAGCGGCCCGGUUCGGCACUGUGCGUCCUACGGAAAUGGCGGAUGGUCCCUAAAGAGCAGCUGGGCUGCAGGGCCGGGAGCGAGCGGCCUGGGCCAUGAAUGCUCCGGGCGGGGGCUGGGACGGGGCCUGCGGGGGCGUCCGGCUCCUCCUGGACCUGUGUCUUCAGUGCUUGACAAAGAACAUUUCCAGAUAUGUUGCAGAUAUUAAGCCUUUGCCUCCCAACAUAAAAGAUAAGCUGAUAAAAUUAAUGAGUAUGCAAGGGCGGAUAACUGAUUCAAAUAUCAGUGAGGUGCUGCACCCAGCAGUGGAGACGCUAGAUCUUAGAGAUUGUGAUAUUUCAGAUACUGCCCUGCUGCAACUUUGUAAUUGCAAGCAACUGAAAAAAAUUAACUUAAAUUCCUGUAAAGAAAACAGACUAGCCAUCACUUCAGAAGGAGUCAGAGCUCUGGCCUUGUCUUGCCCUUAUUUACGUGAAGCCUCAUUUAAAAGAUGCUGCAAUGUAUCAGACAGUGGAGUUCUGGCUCUGGCGCUCAAUUGCCAUCUUCUACAAAUAGUGAACUUAGGCAGCUGCUCAGGCAUCACCGAUGCAUCCCUGCACGCGCUUGGACAGAACUGCAGAUUUCUACACAGUGUGGAUUUUUCAUCUACUCAGGUGACUGAUAAUGGUGUCUUAGCACUAGUUAGUGGGAUGUGUUCAAAGAAUUUAAAGUUUGUCUGUUUUCAGCUGAGCCAACAGUUCUGACCAAAGCUGGCAUCAGUGUCAUAUUAUACUUUACCAAACCGAUCUGACAACUGAAGAAGUAAGUGCAGCAUAAUUCACUCCAAAUUCAACUGCCUCAAAACUCUUUUCCUAUGUAGGGUUUUGAACAAAGAAAUUAUUUGCUCAUGAUUGAUUUAACUGUGAGUUCUAUCUUAAGGUGUCUCUAUUUACUUAAUUGUAAAAGACAUCUGUAACUAAUACAUUAUUACCAAAACUAUCCAUGAAAACAAAUGACUCUUAUUGAAUUAGAAAUCAAUCAAUGGUUCAUUAUCCCAUCAAUUAGAGAACAUGUGGCUGAUAGGAGAACCUUGUCGAUCACCAGCAUCUGUCAAUCACAGCACACAUCUUUGGUAAUAGGUAAGGCUGUGAGUCUGUCAUGGAGGCCACAGAAGUCACGGAUUCUUCUGCAGCGACAGUGUGGCUGACCCCAGGGCUGCCCUAGCAGCUGGGGCAGCCCUGGGGCCAGCUGCACCGGCCGCUGUUUGGGUGGCCCCAAGCAGCUUGCCCCGGGAGAUGCCAGAAAAGCCACAGCACCCUGGGCCGCUCCCUCAACCCCCAGAACAGUCGUGGCACCCCACCCUCAAGCAGCAGCAGUGCCCUGGAGUUCCCAUCCCAAAAGCAGUAGCAGCACUCGAGAGCCCCCCAGAGCACCUAAGAUUUAGUCAGGGGUGUUUAUAGUACAAGUCACGUACAGGUCCAGGCUGUGAAUUUUUGUUCAUUGCCCAUGACCUGUCCAUGACUUUUACUAAAAAUACCCGUGACUAAAACAUAGCCUUAGUAAUAGGCACCCUUUGCUAAUCACCAGUGUUUCAUUAAUCACAGAACACGUGUGAUAAUCAUUUUUUGUCAAU